GAGGCAGGCUUUGCCUUUUCUGGUAGUUAAAGUCGCUGAAAGAACAAGCAGGAAUUCUUUGUGCUGCAGAAGGGCUGAGAUAUAAACCAGACUGUAGAAGUUGAUGUAUGAAGAGAGGAGAGACACUGCUGUUCAUGGACUAAACUUCAGCUACUGCUAAGUGAGAAAGUGAGGAGAAUCUUUUGGGCAUCAUGGACGAUGAGUUUGACCGCCGCAUGGAGCUGAGGAGGCAGAGGAGAGAGCAGAUGCGCCUUGAGGCUGAUAAUGUGGGUUGCACCAACGAUGAUGAUGAAGAGGAAGCUCGGGAGCGAAGAAGACGUGCAAGGGAGGAGAGGAAGAAGAUGAGGGACACGGAGGAGUCUGGAACCACUGAUGUGAUCGACACUAACAGUGUGAUGGAGACCUCCAUGACAACCAGUGCCGAAGGUGCAGAUGAUGACCAGGCUUUGCUGGAGCGCCUGGCCAAGAGGGAGGAGCGCAGGCAGAAGAGAAUGAAGGAGGCCAUGGAGAGGCAGAAGGAGUUUGACCCCACCGUCACUGACACAAAUGGCACAGACAGCACACUGGAGGAGUCUUCCAUCAGCAGCAGACAGCAACAUACAGAGGAAGAGGAGGAGAAACCAGCCCAAGGGGAGGUGGCAGACGCUGAUACAAACUCCUGGAGCAAAGAGGAAGAGGACAAGAAGGAAGAUGAGAAGGAGACUGUUGAGGAAUCAACAACAGUGAGCACAACAAAUGAGGAGGAGAUUGAGGAGAAGGCUGCAGCAACAGAAGUAGAGGUCGAACAGCCCGAUUCAGGAAAGAAAGAUGCUGAAGAGGAAACUUCUCCUGAUGUUGACAAGGAGGAAGAAGAAAGAAAGAGGAAAGAAGAAGAAAGACAGCAAAAAGAAUUGGAGGAAAAGCUGAGGAUAGAAGAGGAGGAAAAGCAAAAAAGGGAAAUGGAGGAAAAGCUCAAGAAAGAGGAAGAAGAAAGGCAACUAGAGGAGAAGCCGAAGAGAUUUGGUUUUAAGGAAAAGAAUGAACCAGCCAAACAGAACGGAGCUCUCAUUGAGAAUAGACUUAAGAAAACAGAGAAGACAUCAAGGGACAAUGUUCCCUCCACCAAGACAGAAGACAAAGAGCGACUGGAGGCCGAGCGUAAACUGCAGGAGCUGAAGCGCCGACGAAACGAUGCAGAAAGCGAGGAGUUUGAGAAGAUGAAGCAGAAGCAGCAGGACGCAGAGGAGGAGAGGAAGAGGAUGAGGGAGGAGAUAGAGAAGAGGAGGGCAGAGGCUGCAGAGAAGAAGAAACAGAAGGAGGAAGAGUCUACAAAACCUGUCUUUGCUGUCAGUCCCAAAGGCUCCUCAAAGAUCGGGGAGAAGGCAGAAUUCUUGAGCAAAUCAGCCCAGAAAAGCACUGCAGCCAGAGUGUCUCACACUCCAAUUGUCUCCAGGAUUGGAAACAGACUAGACCAGUACACUUCUGCCCUCCAGGGAAACAAAGAAGUCAAAUCCCCAAAGUCUCCAAUGGCAGAUAUUCCUACAGGAGGAACUCGCAGCAUCAAGAGCAUGUGGGAAAAGGGCAAUGUCGGCAGCUCCUCUGAGAGUCCAGCUCCUGCCAACAAGGAUGUGGCUGGUAUCAAAGGAGGCGUGGCUGGACGUGUCAACAGUUGGAUGGCAAAGCCUGCAGAGCCGGAGAAGACAGGGGCACCAGCACCUGCACCAGCACCAGCAGCAGCAUCACCAGCAACAGCAAAGCCAGCGGAUGUGAAACCAGGUGACAUCGGUAACAAGCGUGGCAUGUGGGAAACCAAGAAGAGCUCUACACCUGCCAAGGUGACAGUUGGAGGCAAGAGCAAGUUUGGUGCAGGUGUGAGACCCUAACCACUGACAUCCCCAUUUAAAUCAAGCCUUACCUGACCAGUCACAAGGCUCUGCUACUGUAUUUGCAUCCAUUUCCCUUCAACGUACCCAUAUUUCACAUGAAGUUCACACCAGAAUGAGGAACAGACAGGGGACCAGGAUAAGCGACGUCGGAGGAUCCCAGCAGUAUCUUUAUGAAUAACUUUUGCACCGUCCCCAAAUCCCAGAAUAUGUCAGACCUGGUGAGGGUUUUCAGGACAAAGUACCACAUGUUAAAUGCUUAAUAGCUAAUGGAUUGUGUAGUAUCCAUUGGUUUAAUCGAGAUUAGUCUUUACAAAUUUCAGAUGGCUGUCUGGAUGCUUAAAUGUUAUAUUGCUUUCAAGCCACACUGGCAUGUCAGCUCUUUUGUGAUACAGCUUAUACUCAAUAAUAAGCAUUUGUGAUUUAUUGUCAUACACUCUCACUGCUUUUAGGGAUGAUAGUCACUAUUUUAACUCCAUGUGAUAACCAAGGCUGGUUAAUGUCCAUCUCACAGCUUGUAUUUGAAUUAUUAGAGUAUACUGCCACUGAGCUGGAUGCUGGGUGAUUAGCCUGUACAUAAUUGAGUCAUUUCAUAAGUCAGCACCACAUUCUCCUUAUAAAGGGUUUAUAAAUACUAACUAAUGACUUUAUCAAUGAUGAAUAAGUCACUAUUGAGAGCAUGUUUUGGCUUAGUGUUGCGGCUCAAGCGUUGGCAAUGUCGGCCAGCCUGUUGGCCCACCUCUUUGGUCUAGACUGAAAUAUCUCAACAAUGAUGGGAUGCAUUGCCAUAAAAUCCGGUACAGACAUUCAUGGUGCCCGGACAAUGAAGCCUACUGACUUUGAUGACUUUUCAUCUAGUGCCACAAGCAGCUCAAAGUUAUACAGUGGGUAGUUACAAAAUUUAUAAACCCCUUAUAAUGGGUGCCUUAUUAUAACGUGGUACCCAGAAGUCCACCGCCUCAGGCUAGGUGAUGAUAUCAGUGGCACCA